CCGCUGCUCCCUCCCGUUUCCCCCUCCCCGGCCCUCCCCUCGCCGGCACCGGAGUGACAGGCGCGGGGCCCUCCUUGCCGAAGCUCGGGGCUCCGGCGCUGGCGAAUCACAGAGUGGUGGAAUCUAUUGCCUUUGUCUGACAAGUCAUCCAUCUCCCGGCGCGGGGAGGAGGAGGGGGUCUGGAGGGGGCUUUGCAGCUUUUAGAGAGACACACACCGGGAGCCCAGGCUCCAGUCUCCGGCCGAGUCUUCUUGCAGCCGCAACCCACCUGGGGCCAGCACAGCGCUGCGGGCGCCGCUCGGCUCCUAGGCUGCCUCCCUCCCUCCCUGGCCCUCCGGCCGCCGCGGCGUGCGCCUGCCUUUUCCGGGGGCGGGGGCCGGCUCGCGCGCUCCCCUCCCGCGGGCGCCCGCUGGACAUCCCGGGGAUUGCUACUUCUCUGCCAACUUCGCCAACUCGCCGGCACUUGGCGCGGCCCGGCUCCCCUCCCGGCGCCCUCGGGCCGCCCCUGCCCUGAGCCCUCUCCGUUCAGAGCCUCUCGGGCCACCGGGUUCCAGGGGCGCUGAGUGAGCCGUCGUCCCCACCCGGCCUCUGCUCUGGCCGCAGCUGGCUCGCGAGCCAUGCGCCCCCUGUGCCCCUUGGCCCAGCCCGUCGCCCGGGGGCUGCUUUACUGACUGCCCAGCCGCGUGCCCCGACGGUGGCAAGUUGCAGCCGCUGCGGUUGCAAACCCCGGCGGGCCCGGAGGAGUCCCGGCGGGGAGCGCGGCGCGGCGCCCCCCGCCCUCGCGUGCCCCGCAGCAGCCGGGCGCCCGCUCACCCUCCCUCCCCCACCGUCCCUUCCUUUUCUCCUCAAGUCCUGAAGUUGAGUUUGAGAGGCGACACGGCGGCGGCGGCCGCGCUGCUCCCGCUCCUGUGCCUCCCCAUGGAUAUGCACUGCAAAGCAGACCCCUUCUCCGCGAUGCACCGGCACGGGGGUGUGAACCAGCUCGGGGGGGUGUUUGUGAACGGCCGGCCCCUACCCGACGUGGUGCGGCAGCGCAUCGUGGAGCUGGCCCACCAGGGUGUGAGGCCCUGUGACAUCUCCCGGCAGCUGCGGGUCAGCCAUGGCUGUGUCAGCAAAAUCCUGGGCAGGUACUACGAGACUGGCAGCAUCAAGCCUGGAGUGAUUGGUGGCUCCAAGCCCAAGGUGGCAACGCCCAAAGUGGUGGACAAGAUUGCUGAAUACAAGCGACAGAACCCGACUAUGUUCGCCUGGGAGAUCCGGGACCGGCUGCUAGCGGAGGGCAUCUGCGACAAUGAUACGGUUCCCAGCGUCUCAUCCAUCAACAGGAUCAUUCGGACCAAAGUCCAGCAGCCUUUCCACCCGACACCGGAUGGCGCAGGGACAGGAGUGACUGCCCCUGGCCACACCAUCGUUCCCAGCACGGCCUCCCCUCCUGUUUCCAGCGCCUCUAAUGACCCAGUGGGAUCGUACUCCAUCAAUGGGAUCCUGGGGAUUCCUCGCUCCAACGGUGAGAAGAGGAAACGUGAUGAAGAUGUGUCCGAGGGCUCGGUCCCUAACGGAGACUCCCAGAGUGGUGUGGACAGUUUGCGGAAGCACCUGCGAGCAGACACCUUCACCCAGCAGCAGUUGGAAGCUUUGGAUCGGGUCUUCGAGCGUCCUUCCUAUCCUGAUGUCUUCCAGGCAUCAGAGCACAUCAAAUCAGAACAGGGGAAUGAGUACUCACUCCCGGCCCUGACCCCUGGGCUUGAUGAAGUCAAGUCAGGUCUAUCUGCAUCCACCAACCCUGAGCUGGGCAGCAAUGUGUCAGGCACACAGACGUACCCCGUCGUGACCGGUCGUGAUAUGGCGAGCACCACUCUACCUGGUUACCCCCCUCAUGUGCCCCCCACUGGCCAGGGAAGCUACCCUACCUCCACCCUGGCAGGAAUGGUGCCUGGGAGCGAGUUCUCAGGCAACCCAUACAGCCAUCCCCAGUACACCGCCUACAACGAGGCUUGGAGAUUCAGCAACCCCGCCUUACUAAGUUCCCCUUAUUAUUAUAGUGCCGCCCCCCGGGGCUCCGCCCCUGCCGCUGCUGCCGCUGCCUAUGACCGCCACUAGUUACCGCGGGGACCACAUCAAGCUUCAGGCAGACAGCUUCGGCCUCCACAUCGUCCCAGUCUGACCGCCCACCCCAGAGGGAGGGAGGACCGAAGCGACGCGCUGCCACUCGGCCACCGUCCCUGUCCCACCCCCCUCCACCUCGAGACACCCUACACUCCCCCUGCCCCCCGCAGCCCUUCGCGUCAUCCCGUCGAUGGCCUGACCGGGCCGGUGGAGCCGUGCGUGGGACCCUCAGGCCCGGGCCCGCCGCCAGCCCCGCCCGCCGCCCCUCCCCGUCUGCCUGGACCACCGCGCCGCCCGGAAGCCUGCCCGCCUCGGGCCCGCGCGCCCGACACCUUCCUGUGACACACAAUCAGCGUGGCCCACCCCGGGGGCAGCCUGCUUCCGACGCCCUCCCCGGGCACCGGGAGGCUUCGCUGGAGAAGCUGAGCAGGGGAAACUAAGGAAAGGACUUUGUGCCGAAGGAGGAGCCGCGGGCGGAACCCCGGGGGAAACCCCUGCCCCACCCCCCUGUGCCUGCCAGGCGGACCCCGCCCUCCGUCUGCGUCCUGCCGCGGACAGUGGCACCGGGACGCGAGAAUCGGAUCGGACUCGAGGGACAGCGUUUGGGACGUCGGAGUUUUCCAAGGCUGGUACCCAAGGCGAGCAGACGCCAACUGAGCUCGUCCACCCGGACUGCCUAGUUCCCCAGGGCCUGGGAUCUCCUCCUACAGUGACUCCACUCUCGGCCCCCGCCUGGCCCCUACCUCAGCGCCUCGUCCAUCUGCUGGCCCCUCACUUCCCCCUUCUGCGCGUCCUCAGCCCACGACGCCUUGUGUCUGGUCCCAAGCACGCAGCCCCAUCGGGGCCACCGCGGGAACAGUUUCCUCCGACUGCUGCGGCGAGCACUCGUCUUUCCCAACAGUAACUUGCUGCCUCCCCACCCCAUCCCCCGACAUCCCCCCCCCCAAACUCCCAACCUACGGGCCGGCGCUAGGAGCCAGGAGGGAACUGACGACCCAGAGAUGGAAACCGGAGGCUGCCCGCCCCCUCCCCAACCCCCCCCCCGACCCUCAGCCUUCCCUUGGGCAGGGGCUGAACAUAGCCGCAAAAAAAAAGGUCUACACUUAUUUAAUAUUAUGGUCUUUGCAAAAAUGAACAAAACGAAACCCCAAAAGGCUGCUUUGUAGAAAGACGGUGUGUGUGGUGUGGAGGCGAACCUCUCUCUGUACAUAUCCCCUCCCUCUCCGCCCCGCCCGCCCCGGGUACCGUAGAGUCCCUGUCCCCUGUCCCCCGCCCGCCCUGCCUGUAGAUACACCCUGCUGUCCGCGCUGUGUGCGUCGCCGCUCGCUGGGGGGGAGGGGGGGACACAGCUACAUGCCCACUAAAGCACAGCACGUCCUGGGGGAGGGGGGCAUUUUUUACGUUACAAAAAAAAAUUAUGAAAGAAAUCUCUAUGCAAAAUGACGAACAUGGUCCCGUGGACGCCUCUCGCCUCUGUUUUGUUGGCUGGUUCUCUGUAAUUCCGUGGUUUUCCGCUCUCACCUCCCUGCAUCUCUCCCUGGUCAUCUCCCCUUUCUCUGCUAUUCUCCCCUUCUGUGUCUCUUUCUCUGCCUCACUCGUCUCUGUCUGGUCCGGCCCUCCUGCCCCAGGCCUCCAAGGCUACAUCAAAAGUGGCAGAGGCAGCCUCCGGGCUAGCCCCCGGUGGCCUUGCCAACGCGCCCGGGCCAGGCCGCCCUGCCCUGCCCCGCCCCGCCCCGUAGUUGCUCUCCCGGUAGCCGCGACGCUUCCUGCAUGUCUUCUCAAGCGUGGAUCGUGACGACUCGAAAUAACAGAAACAAAGUCAAUAAAAGUGAAAAAUAAAUAAAUAAGUAAAUAAAUAAAAAUCCUUGAGCAAAUCCAAAAAGGCUUGGAGUCCUAGCCCAGAUCUCUGUUCCCUUCGAGCCUUUUUAUUUGAAAAGGAAAGCGAGAAAAGAGAAUAAUAAUAGUUCAAGGGGAAUGCCAGCACCUGGUCCGGGUCCAGUGGCUGGAGCCGGCUGGCGAGGGUGCCUAGGUCCCAGCUCCGAGGCCAGGCGCGAUCCCGGUCUUGUGUGGGGCUGGCUGCGCUCGAGGAGCGCGGGAUCCAGGACCUGGCCUAGCCUUCGAAAGGUCUUCCACUGUUCUGGUCUCCUCCGCCACUUUCAACGUGUCGGUUCGUUUUGAUUCUUUUUUUUUUUUUCUUCUUUCCUUCUUUCCUUUCUUUUUUUUGUGCACAUGAUAAAUAAUAAUAAUAAAUAAUAAUAAUAAUAAAAUUUUGUAUGUCACUCC